CUCACAGCAGAGGCUAAACUAACCGCGUCCUUCAGCAUCUUUCCUCUCAGCAACCAAGAGUCAGAAUGGAGUUUCACUACGCCACGGAGAUGAACGGAAAUGUGCCCAUGGUCCCUAGAUUGACCAAGUGCGUUGAGUCUAAACAGGUUAAUUUGUUCAAAGAGGAGAAGGACACGAAGAAAACUGAAGUUUUGACCAAGACGUCUUGCAUAGAGAAAGCUUACUGUACGAUACUGAGCGAGCUUGGAGAGAACACCGAUCGGGAGGGGCUUUUACGCACACCGUUACGCGCGGCCAAAGCCAUGCAGUUCUUCACGAAAGGCUACAAGGAGACGAUCCAAGAUAUCUUGAACGACGCAAUCUUUAAUGAAGACCAUGACGAGGUGGUCGUUGUCAGGGACAUCGAUUUCUUCUCUCUGUGUGAACAUCACCUGGUGCCCUUCUUUGGAAAGUGUCACAUAGCAUAUCUCCCAAACAAGAAGGUGGUUGGUCUGAGCAAGCUCGCUAGAGUUGUAGAGAUCUUCAGCAGGAGGCUUCAAGUUCAGGAGCGUCUAACCAAGCAGAUUGCAUCAGCUAUUCAGGAGGCCCUGGAGCCUGCAGGAGUGGCAGUGGUGAUGGAAGCUGCUCACAUGUGCAUGGUGAUGAGAGGUGUGCAGAAGAUGAAUGCCAAGACUAUUACAAGUGUCAUGCUGGGAAGGUUCCAAACAGAUGCCGAGAGCCGGGAGGAGUUUCUGUCCCUGACUCUGGGGAAAUGA